UAUAAAUAAUAUUUAUUGAAAAAUGAAUUAACCAUAGAAUAGACAAGUAUAGAAAUUAACAAUAGAUGAUAAAGUAAGUAGAUAAUGAUGUACGGUUAGUAAAAAUACGAGCUUUAAAAAGAAAUAUUCAUUACAAUAAGAUUAAUUGAUAUGGUAGAAAAGUGUGCAUAAUUGGCUGAUGAUAAAAUAACACCAGAAAAGCAUUGUUAGGAAAUUACAAAAUUAAUUGAAAGGUACAAAACGUUUACAUCUAAAAUUGAUAAAUAUGAUUUGAACUAAUUCAUAAAGGUUUAUAUUUGGAUUGAAUAGAUUUAGGAAUAUGGACUUGAAGAUUGUAAAUUUGGAAUAGAUAGAAUUAAUAAAGGACCUCCUUAAAUAAAAUAAGGAAAUAAGAUUUAAUUAGUAGUUGAUUUGAUGCAGAAGUUCUUUUAAAUGCAAGAUAUCAUAUUAGAGAACAAAGAAUACCCUAAAGUACCAAUCUUCAAACCGAUUGUAGAUUAGUUGAUAAUUCUCUUAAAUAGAGCUAAAACAGAACUACCACCUUAUAAAUCAUAUUUGGAUGAUUUAUAAUAAUUGUAAGUUUUGAGUAUAAUAGAAAUUAAGUUAAAAAGAGCAACUUGAAAAUUAGAUAAUAGGAGUGAUUCCAGAGGAUGAAUUUUAAAAGUUUGAAAGUAUAAUAGAUUUAGCUCAAUAAAGUUUUAUGACAUCCCAUUAAUAACAAUGAGUUUAAAUAGUUUAAAUGGAU